AUGUCAGAUAUACAGACUUUCCAUGCUUGUGUGUGCUGGUGGCUUUUGACUUCCUGGGCCCAAUUGUUCCAAUUGCUUUUUCAGAUUGACUCUUGGUGCAAGGAAAAUAGCUACGUGAUAGCUGGAUAUUACCAGGCAAAUGAACGUGUGAAAGACGCCAGCCCAACCCAAGUUGCUGAAAAGGUGGCCUCCAGAAUCGCAGAAGGCUUUAAUGAUACAGCACUCAUAAUGGUUGAUAACACUAAGUUCACAAUGGAGUGCGUAGAACCUGCCAUCCACGUGUACGAACUUCACGAGAACAAGUGGAGGUGCAAAGACCCACACGUUGAUUUUUGUGAAGAUUGGUCUGAAGCCCAGAGAAUUGCUGCAUCCCUCUUGGACAGCAAGUCCUAUGAGACACUGGUAGAUUUUGAUAAUCACUUGGAUGAUAUCCGGAAUGACUGGACAAACCCAGAGAUCAACAAAGCCGUCCUCCACCUGUGUUAAAGAGACUUGUACUGACUAAUUUAUGGGCCUUUCCACUAUGUGCUGAAGAUACAGAAAUGAUAUUUUUGAAUGUAAAUAGAGUAAUGUUCAGUACCGUGUGUGGAAACCCGACUGAUUAAAAAAGAGUGACAUGUCACAUUGCAAAGAGUGAUGUGUCCUCAAGCAAUCCAAUCUUUUUAAUAAGAUUCCGUGAAAGAACUGCAAMCUGUCAGGUGCAGCUGCCCCUGUGGAUGCAGUCCCAGUUGCAGUGAAUUUUGCUCUAGCGUUCAAAACCGAAGCUACUGCUUGUCCCCAUUGUUCAUAUUAACAAGUUUUAACUAAGCUUUUGUAAUAUUUAAAUAAUUUUUAAAGAUCUGCGAAGAUAUCUUUCAGAAGAAUCAGUCUUGUGCUCAAAUGAGAUAUUUUAAGGUCAGAUACAUAAACAAAAUCCAAGGCGAACUGGUCCUUGGGCGUUGUAUCAGGGCAGCAAAAGGUGCUGAAGAUGAUGUACCAUGCCCCCAUGGCACCUGUUGUGCAGCAGUUUUGCAUGAUGCAGUUACAGAUAACGUGUUAAAGCAAUAUUCCCAAAUCCGACAGUGAUUCCUGCUCUCCCUGGGCUUACAGCCUCAGUUAUUGCCUGAAAAAGUUAUAAGCAAGGUAAAAAAAAAAAAAAAAGACUGGAAACGCAUUGAUGAUUUUGAAUGAAACUUCCAAAAGAGUUUCUCYAUGAAGGAGAGGAGAGGGGAAUACAUAUUAAUUUUAUGCAGUCUUUUCUGACUGUUUUUUGAAACAUCUAAUUUUCAAUAAAUGCAUAUGGUGUCCAUUUAAGAAGGUCUAAAAAAUGUAUCUCCAAGUUGAAAGCAAAUGAUCCAAGUAUGCUGGAUCAARAAAUCCAGAGCUAUUCUAGUUAAGCUUCUUUUUCUUUCUAAUCAAUGUUGAUUUCUAAGAAUAAGUUUACUGGUCAAAGAGAAAGCAAUUGUAGUUUCAUUUCCUUUUACAUUAUUUUUAUAUGUUUUAUUUUUUAUCAGGUGCACCAGACAUAGUGCGUCUUACCUGCUCUUUCUUUUCACUACAUUACUGUAACUGCUAAACCUGGUGAACUUAAUGAACUCAGCAGAAGCAGUUUCAGUGAAAGAAAAACACUUGGCUGAUGCACUGUUGUUGUACCAUGGGCCCCACCACCUCAAAAUGCAUUUGGUGUGGGGAGUGUCUGUUGGAUCUUCUGUGGAAUUUUUGAUGGAGAAGAGAAAAAAAAGGCCUGAUGGAUGGACAACCUGUCCACUCUGGUUACCUGGUGUCYGAUGCACAUGCCAGCCCUCAGUCUGGGACUGGGAGUGACCAGUUCUUAAUGAGUCCUGCUGUCUUGCUGCUAAUGCACGUUUGUCAAGUUAAUGUAGCCUCAAUCUUUUGGCUGUUUCUCUCAGUUUCCUACCCCUCCCC